AUGAAGCGAGGGCUGUGCCGACAAGGACAAGUGGCUGGGAAUGCACCACCAGGGAAUGCACCACCAGAGAAUGCACCACCAGAGAAUGCACCAUCAGGGAAUGCACCACCAGAGAAUGCACCACCAGAGAAUGCACCACCAGAGAAUGCACCACCAGAGAAUGCACCAUCAGGGAAUGCACCACCAGAGAAUGCACCACCAGGGAAUGCACCACCAGAGAAUGCACCACCAAAGAAUGCACCACAAGGGAAUGCACCACCAGAGAAUGCACCACCAGAGAAUGCACCACCAGAGAAUGCACCACCAGAGAAUGCACCACCAGAGAAUGCACCACCAAUGAAUGCACCACCAGAGAAUGCACCACCAGAGAAUGCACCACCAGAGAAUGCACCAUCAGGGAAUGCACCACCAGGGAAUGCACCAUCAGGGAAUGCACCACCAGGGAAUGCACCAUCAGGGAAUGCACCACCAGAGAAUGCACCACCAGAGAAUGCACCAUCAGGGAAUGCACCACCAGGGAAUGCACCACCAGAGAAUGCACCACCAGAGAAUGCACCAUCAGGGAAUGCACCACCAGAGAAUGCACCACCAGAGAAUGCACCACCAGAGAAUGCACCACCAGAGAAUGCACCACCAGAGAAUGCACCAUCAGGGAAUGCACCACCAGAGAAUGCACCACCAGAGAAUGCACCACCAGAGAAUGCACCACCAGAGAAUGCACUAUCAGGGAAUGCACCACCAGAGAAUGCACCACCAGAGAAUGCACCACCAGAGAAUGCACCACCAGAGAAUGCACCACCAGAGAAUGCACCACCAGGGAAUGCACCACCAGAGGAUGCACCACCAGAGAAUGCACCAUCAGGGAAUGCACCACCAGGGAAUGCACCACCAGAGAAUGCACCACCAGAGAAUGCACCACCAGAGAAUGCACCACCAGAGAAUGCACCAUCAAGGAAUGCACCACCAGAGAAUGCACCACCAGAGAAUGCACCACCAGAGAAUGCACCAUCAAGGAAUGCACCACCAGAGAAUGCACCACCAGAGAUAGUAUAUUACUUAAAGAGAAGUUCAAGUAACUUCAGUAAUAAUUUGGACUGA